AUGACUGAACAAGAAGAGGCCACCAGCAAUGACGCCGUAGAAGAACUUCAGAAGGAUGAGCUAAACGAUCUAAUUGUGUCACCUGUGGGAGACACUGCGGCUGAAAAUGCAAGCGAGGAUACCACAGGGGCUGAAGAGCAUCAGGACGCCACUCCACCAGCUUCUUCGCCUUCUUCACCCGCCUCGCCUCCAAAGGAAGCCAGGGUAGCGACUUACCGAUACACAAGGGAGGAAUUGGUGACAAUUGGCGCAGAUCCUGCGUUGGGGCGACCACCCCAGGUUCUGGAAGCAUCUGAAAUCUACAGGGAGCUGCAGGAGUCGCUGUUCUACGACAAGGCAGCGGCUGUGGAUGAGGAUGCGGGGGAGAUCCGGCUGCGCCCUGGGGGUGGACGCCUGCCGGGCGCUGACCGCCUCCCGGCCGCGUCGGCCGCCAAGGCCAUUCCGACGGGGCCGCCCGGCGUGGCGCAGCCACCGCCGCGCGACGGGGGUCCGUCCAGCUGGAAGGACGACAGCUGGCGAUCGCCGUUCAAGGGCUCACCCUCACCGCCAAUCAGGAGCAGGCUGGUGGAUGAUGCCCCGGCGAUCAGUCCUCCCUCUGGCCUGCCUGGUCCCCCGGGCCUGAACGUGUGCAGGCCCCCCAUGGAGGGUCCCCCCGGCCCAGAUUGGCAGCCGCGGGACCAGUGGCGCCGUGGGGGGCCUCAGCAGGAGUGGCGGGGCGGGUUUGAGGAAGAGGAACCUGCCAGCCCGCGCCGUCGCGACACCCGUCCCUCCCAGGCAAACAACCUGGCAGACUUGGACAGGUGGGGCACCAAACCGCCAUCACGCAACGAGGAGGCUUGGCGCGCUGCAGGCGGUCCGGGCCGGACAGGGCCGCGGGCAGCCGAGUGGGCAGCCGGCGGCCGCCGCGUGGGGCCCGUCCCCCCAGCAGCAGCAGCCGCCGCAGGCCCCCCUGCCGGCCGGGGGGCUCCUCCCCCGGGCUUUGAUGCCCCUCCUGGCCUGCCACCCACCAAGCUGGCUCCAAAGGAAGUCCGGCCCGCGCCAGAUGCGCUGCGCAACGGUAAGCCGGUGCCGGCCGCGGCUGACGCGAAGCCACGUGGCCUGGAGGGUGACUGGCGCGCCGCCAAGGAGAAGGGCGAGGGCACGCGCGAUGACCCCAGGCGCAUGCAGGAUGGCCCACGCAAUGAUGGCCGUCCAGAGUGGAUGUUGGGUGAAGAGCCGUCGGAGCGUAUGUCCAAGGCAGAGCGCCAGCGACUGGACUUUGAGGCAGAGCGUCUGCGCUGGCAGGAGGAGCGCAAAAAGGGGGGCCAGACGGCCCACAAGACUGCCAAUGCGGCAAUGGAGGAAGUCCUGGAUGAUGAGGAGCUGGAGCAGAUGCGCAAGGAGGAGCUGGACGCCGAGCAAGCAGAAGCACACCGCGCCCAGGCUCAUCGGGAGUCUGAAGAUCGGUCUUCGCAUCUGGCCCGGCCGGAGACGCCGCCAAAGACCGGAUCUGGGCAGACGGCGCACAGCACGCCCGUGCAGCCGCCGCCAGGCUUCUCGCCAAACCACCUGUUUGGUGAUGCGGAUGAGGACCCCAUGGACUUUGCCGCAAACCUGUCCUUCCUCGACGACACUGAGCAGGAUGCACAGCCCAAAGCCAAUGUUGGCGCGGCCUCCCGUUUUGCGCGCUUCUUUGCCUUGGAGCAGUCUCCUGGCGCCUCUGCUGAGAAACCUCCUGCAGAUCAGGGCCCCCGCGCAAGCACUGCAAUUGCUCAGUCGCUGUUCCAGGAAGGCAGUUCUGCUCCUGCACCUGCGUCACAGGCCGGCGCACAGGCGCUGCUGCAGCGCCUGCAUUCCGGAGGCCCACAGGCGCCUUCUCUAAUGCACUAUGCUGCCCAGCAGCAGGCGCAGCAGCCCCAACAGCAGCUGAUGCCGGGCCAGAACCAGUCCUUCACCUUUGAGCAACUAGCACAGGCAGCCAACAAUAACGCUGCGCAAAAGGUGCUGCCAAGGGGAGCUGCAAAGACGCUGGAGGACAUUGAGGGGCUCAGAAGCUUCCCGGCAAUGAGCGGCAAUCCAGCAUUUGCUCAGCAGCAGCAGCAGCAGCAGCAGCAGCAGCAGCUGCCCCCCAUCGGCGGCCCCAUCCCCGCUAACAACCCGGGCAACACCCUCCUGUCCCUGCUGCAGGCCAAUGCGCGCAGCACCCCAAUCCCACAGGGCAUGGCUCAGAUCGGCGCGGCUGGCUUUGCUGGCGGCCAGCAUGGCAUGGUGCACAAGCCAUCGGAGGCCCUGUCUCAGCCGGCGCUCGACCCUCUACUCGCUGCCUUCAGCGCCCAGAUGGGGGUCGGCCAGGCGGCUGCUCGGCAGAACAUGGCGCAGGGCAUGGCCGGAGGGAACCCCUUGGUGCAGGGCCUCGGCCAGUAUGGGCGUCAGGACACUGCCCAGCAGGGCACCAUUGCCUCGCUGCUAGCAGCCCCUGGCGGCUUUCCCCAGAACCAAGGUGCCAACGCCAAUUUUGGCAACCGUAUGCUGCCGCAGCACCUGCUCCAGCAGCAGCAGGGGCGGCCGGGCGGAGGUACGCCGACGCCCGGAGGUCUGAGCGCCGCCGCGCUGCAGCAGGGCUAUGGCGGCCUGCAACAGGCGCAGCUGCAGCAGGCCGGCGCCCUUAACCUCGCCCAGUUCAACGGUGCCCAGCAACAGGCACAGCCGGGCAUGAACGAGCACCAGCACCACAUCAUCCAGCUGCUACAGCAGCAAAGGAUGCGCGAUAUGAUUGCGGCCGCUGCCGGUGGCAACAGUCAGGCGGAAUUCCUGCAGCGUCAGCAACAGGCUGCACAGCUGCAGCAGCUGCAACAGGCCGCGCAGCUGCAGCAGCAGCAGCAGCAGCACCUACAGCACCUGCGCAACCAGCAGGGUCAGGGCGUGAACCUCAACCAGACGAUGCAGCUGCAGAUGCAGCUGGCCCGCAUCCAGCAGCAGCAGCAGCUGGCGGCUCGCCAGCAGCAGGCGGCCGCUCUCGCACAGCAGCAGCACGCGCAGCAGGCACCCUACAAUGGCGUCGGCAACGGUCUCGAACGUUUUUUCAACACCGCCGCCAACCCUGGCAUGCAGCGCAUGCCCAGCAUGCCAAAUCAGAUCGGACAGCGACCCACGCUAGAGGAGCUGGAGCGUCAGAUGGCAGCUCGCAGAUGA